GAGGCCUUGAUAAUGGGCAGAGCAGACGAGGAAGGAAAGCUGAAUCGAUUUGCUUUCACUUUUGACGUGAGCACAUGUCCCCUCGACCUCACAGAGGUAAGACUCUUCUCUUUCCCCGUCAACGCACGUAUAAAGGACAAUUCGAUAUGAGACGAGUGUUGGCCCUGGUCGCGUUGGGCGGUGUAGCACAGCAAAGUGCAUUCGGGGAUGUCCGCAGCGACGCAGGCGCACCAGCAGGUGUCGCAGCCUGUGACUUAGGAAACGGUGAUUGUGAAUUUAGCAGCGCUUGGUUCGACCUUCCGACCUCUCAUUACAAUAGCACUGACAGUACUUGUAGCUGCCCAGGCGCUGGUGGUAAGUGGAUUGCACUGUAACUAAGCUCAUAGCUGACUGUCUCUGUCCUGGCUGUAGGCUCCUGUUAUGGCGAGUGCGAGCGCAAGUUCGACGCUGCGGAAGUAGCCACCGUGGGGGCUUUCAAAUAUGGGCGGUUCGAGACCCGUCUCUUUCCGAAUAUCAGAGACAAUGGCGGACUUGUGACUUUUUUCCUCUACAAGAACGACAGUGACAAAGUGCCGGGCACAUCGUGGACGGAGAUUGACUUCGAAGUGCACGGAAUGGGAAAACACUGUCAGGAGCCGAUCCAGACCAACGUAAUUACAGGCACUAUGGAAGACCGCAGCUUCUCAGAAGUGUUCUUCCCCGCACCUGGUCGCUAAAGGAACGUGGACGCACAGUUGAAAGGAGUUAAGAGAGGGUUCCAUCACUUUGCCGUGGAGUGGACGUCCAGCUACGUUUCAUGGUAUUUUGA